CCCCAGCGCUGGCAGAGCUCCUCGGAGCAGGGCCCGCCUCUUCCGGCUUCCCCGGCCGGUCGGCCCGGCAGGUGAGGCAGGGCCCGGCAAGAUGGGGCCGAAGCGGAAGAAGCCCGGCGGAGCGACCGCGCUGCCUCUGCUCCUCUUGGCGGUUGCCAGAGUCCACCUGCUGGAGAUCCAGGCCGCUGCCCAAGUUCGCGCGUUUGUGGGUGAGCCGGUGACCCUCAAGUGCUGGUUCAAAUCCUCCGCUCCAGUCACGGAGAAGCUCACCAUCGACUGGACUUACCGGCCUCUUGCAGGCGGCAACUUGGAACCGGUCUUCCACUACCAGUCCAGUGCCUACCCAGCCAAGAGAGGGAGCUUCCAGGAGAGAGUUUCUUGGGCUGGCGAUGUGGCCAAGCAGGACGCUUCAAUUAUGAUCUGGAAUCCAACCCUGGAGGACAACGGGACCUUCACCUGUUCUGUGAAGAACCCCCCUGAUGUGCAGCACAACAUUCCCCAAACCCUCCUGACAGUCAGCCAGAGAGGUGCCUCCUUCCAGUUGACUUCAUCUGGACUGCUUUCCAUCCUGGUCUUUCUUCCCUCUGGCAUCGUGGUGGUUCUGCUGUUGGUUCGGAUGAAUCAGAAAUCUGGGCUGAUGAAAGCAAGGAGGCAGCUUGGUUACAAGAAGUCCUCCAUUGAAGUCUCUGAAGAACCUGAGCAAAGUGGCUGCAGGGAGCGGCUGGUUAGCUGUUGUAUGCAGUGCCUGGACACUGAUGAGGAGGAACCGUACUGACACUGACAGUGGGAGAAAGCGUGUCUUUGGCAGCACCACCAAGAUCCAGCUCAGAAAAUCUCCAACGAAUGGAACUUUACCUAGAGUAAAAUGACUGGAUUUCAUUCCAUUCUAGGAAUUAUCCUGAUUUGAUAUUUUCUCUUUUCUUGCCUUCUCUUGCCCUGUGAAUAGGCCUGGAAAAGGGGGCAGCGGAGGGUCUCUCUGGCAGCCAGGCUCUUGGGUGUCUUCUUCUUCUUCUUCUUCAUGAGCUUCUGGCUCAUGAAAUGUGAGUAUUGUCUCAAGCUCUUCUCUAGGAUCUUUCUGUCCUGAGAAACCACCCAUAUAGUUUGAGCUCACAGCCGGAAGAAAAGAUGGUGAGGGUGAAGAGACACUUAGAGACACAUGAUCAGGCUCUUCGUGGUCUCCCCUGUAGGCAGUAAAUGUCGGCCGCUUCAGUGUGGCCAUUGCUGGAUACAAGCACAUGUCUACAGUGGCUGCAAGGCCCCUCCCUAUCUUUCUGGAUCUGGGCCUCCUGUGGAAAGAGGGCCAAGUCUCCUAUGCCUUAACGUGGAAAUGCAUAUGAACCGGCUGGAGCUAAAUGUUCCCUGGCUGUCCCCAACUCUCAUCCUUGGGAAUGCUGGCCUUAGGGCCUUCGCCUGCAGAUCCACCCCCCCUCCCUUUCUUUUCUUCCUUGGUCCGCUUUCCUUUGCAGAAAACCACUCCUUCUACAACCAAUAAAAUGCCUUGUGCCAACUCCA